GUGAAGCCCACGCCCCUCAGUUUUGGAACUCCGGGUGGAAGUGGAGGUCGGAUGUGUUGGUUUCGUUAUUUUGACGCUGAGCCGCUCUGAUGAAUUUCUCCAUCAAGGCCUGGCGGUUUGGAAGUUCCUGAUCAGAUGUUUUAAAGUGGAGAGCAGCUUUUCCCUCCAGCUUCAAGCAGUUCGGGAUGACAGGACGGAAUGGACCGAACCGGGAGCCGGACGUAAAGUGGAUCCUGUAAAGAAAACAUCAGCGCGUCUCCUGUAUGGAACCUCGUAACGUUACCGUGGAGAGAGCGAAAGACAUGGGAAGUGGUUUAAAACUGGACCGUUAACAAAGAAAAGGUUUUGAAGUUGUUUCUGCCUGAAGCUGCGGUCGGACCACCGGGAAGCUGCGGCGCUGCGCCCCGUGUCAGGAGCCGCACAUCCCGCCUGCAAGCAUAGGAUGGUGCCGAUGAUGUGCAGGCCUGUGGAGAUCCGCCAUUUCUGACUGGAGAUUGAUCGACUUAUUACUGGCAUCUUUUCUGCGCACCAGGGUGUGGGAAGCACCUUCUGAUUCCUCCUGUGAAAGGUUGUGCCUCCUUUCUGUAUGGAUAACCUUGUCUUCAGACUUCUCUACCUGGACAGAAGAGUUGAAUAAUUCUGAAUUUCUCUGCUUCUCUUUCCUUAAUUCCCCAUCUCAGCUACUGUCAUUCUGUUCUCCAGGAGUCAUGGAGAAAUCACAUGUUUGCUGAGCUGUGGGCAUGGCAGCGACUGCCACAGCAUCCACCUCUUCUGCAUCGCCUUCACUACAGACAGCCUCGGCGUCCAACAGCAGUGCCCAGGAGCACCUCCUGGCGGUGCGCCGCCGUGCUCCGCACAGUCGGCCGUACACAGUGGGACUGGACAACCUGAGCAGUUUGUCGGUACAGGUAACAGCGGGAUCCUCAGCUUCGUCGUCCUCUUCUGUGCCAUCCGGGACCCAGCUGGAAUCAGCCGGGCUGGGACUGCAGAGGGCCAAUAGUGACACAGAUCUUGUGACCUCUGAAAGUCGCUCAUCACUUACGGCGUCCACAUACCAACUGACUCUCGGCCAAGGCCACCUGGUGAUCUCAUGGGACAUAAAGGAGGAAGUGGAUGCUACUGAUUGGAUCGGCCUUUAUCACAUCGAUGAGACAUGUGUGGCCAACGUCUGGGAGUCCAAGAACCGUGGAGUAAAUGGUACUCAAAAAGGACAAGUUUUGUGGAGACUGGAGCCUGAGCCCUACUUCAUGGAGGCUGAGACAAAGAUCUGUUUCAAAUAUUAUCAUGGAAUAAGUGGAGCAUUAAGAGCAACAACUCCUUGUAUCACUGUGAAGAACCCAGGAGUCCCAGUGAGAAGUGAAGUGGAGGAGCAGUCAGGGAGUGAACAUUGUCGGAAACUUGUCAGCUUCACCCUGUCAGAUAUCCAGGCAGUGGGAUUGAAGAAGGGGAUGUUUUUUAACCCGGACCCAUACUUGAAGAUGUCCAUCAUGCCCGGGAAGAGGAGUGGCCUCCCCAAAUUCACUCACCAUGGCCAAGAGAGGCGUUCCACCAUUAUUGCCAACACUAUCAACCCUGUGUGGCACGGGGAGAAGUAUACCUUUGUGGCUCUGAUGACUGAUGUGUUGGAGAUUGAAGUGAAGGAUAAGUUUGCCAAGAGCCGACCAAUCAUCAAGCGCUUUCUGGGUCAUCUGAUCAUCCCCGUGCAGAGACUUCUUGAGCGGCCAACAGUUGAGGGUCACCAGGUCAGCUACAGCUUGUGUCGCCGCCUCCCAACAGACAAUGUGAGCGGCCAGCUUCAGUUCAGUGUGGACAUCACUUCCACCGGACAAGAAGCCUCCCCAGAUGCUGCUGGAGGAAAUCUCCUGGGCAGCGGAGACCCUGGCAGCCCAUCUGAUGAUGAAGAUCUUCCUCAAGCCUCAUCAUCAUCUCAUGUCACAAGUGGACCUUCUCCCCUGGGUUCCGACAAUAGCCCCUUGUUGGUGAAUGGCCUUUGUUGCUACGGAGAGAACAUCAUGUGGCAUGAGCCCGGACACGUGGAAGAGAAUGAUCUGCCCUCUGCGGCUCCGGGGCAUCACACCCAUCGACAGGUGUCCCUCAAUGACUACCUUGACGCUCUUGAGGCCCCCUCUAGCCACGGGGACCGACUUUUGGUGCCGCCUUUGCCAAAACUGCGCUCCAGCUUUCCAACUGACACAAGACUCAAUGCCAUGUUACACAUUGAUUCAGAUGAGGAUGAGGAUACGGCGGGGCAGCAGAGAGACCUAUCACAGAACACAAGUGCAGAGCAGAACAUGGACUCUGUAAGCAGUUUACUUGCAAGGAGCGAAGGUUUAAAGGAAGAUAUUGGAGUUGGUGCCGAGGAAGGUUCUUCUUCUGCGGGUCAGCUUUCAACUGAGCCUCCAAAUGCAGGAAAUGAAGUAGCACCAGAUGAAGUGGAAAACGAAGCUUGUGCUCUAACCAGAGCAUCGGUAGAUGGGGAUGAUGGGUGUGCUGGAGCAGCACAGGUAACUGAAGAAACGGCUAUCUUCUCAUCUCAAAAGCCUGGAGCUGAGGCUGCUGCAGCCGAUCCACAGGGAGAUUCCGUACCACAAUGUUCCUGUCAGGAUCAGAGUAGCAGGAUGGGAACCUGCAGCCCUUCCCUGGGUCCUCUUUCACCCAUUCAAGAGGUUGAAGCAAGAAAAGAACUUGCUCCAAAAGCUGAAGAGGAAGGGGCAGAGUCAUCAAGCAGUGAGGCAAACGGGUCAGUUGGAGCAUCUGCUCCGAACAGCAGCAGAGAUGUCAGAGGAGGAGAGAGUUCUGAAGCUGGAAGGAGGGCUGAAGGCGGGAACAAAGAAGGAGGGCAGAAAGGCACAGAUGUCUGGAGGAGGCAGUCCAUGCAGACAUCUGCAGAUCAGGCACAGACCCAGGCAAGGUCUGGGGCCAGGGUGACUGACAGGACAUUGUUUGAGGAUAGAGAGAUUGGUGCCACAGCUCAGGUCAACAGUCAUCAGUCUGUUCGGUCCCUUCCCUCUGUCCGCCAUGACAUCAGCCGCUAUCAGAGAGUAGAUGAGCCUCUGCCUCCUAAUUGGGAGGCUCGCAUUGACAGUCAUGGUCGCAUCUUUUAUGUGGAUCAUGUGAACAGAACAACAACAUGGCAGCGUCCUACUGCUCCCCCAGCCCCACAGACUCUACAGAGGUCCAGCUCCAUACAGCAGAUGGAACAGCUCAACCGCAGGUAUCGUAUCCGAAGGACGAUAACAAAUGACAGCAGACAGGAGGAGCAGCCAGCCAGUGAGCUGCUUGGGGAUGAGACUGAUAUGCAUCCAUCUGUUCCAGAACUCCGGAGGGAAAACGGUGUGGCUCAGGCCAGUUCCAGGUCUCGCAUCUCCUUGCUGCUGCAAUCCCCCACCGCCAAGUUCCUCACCAGUCCUGACUUCUUCACUGUGUUGCAUUCCAACCCUAGUGCCUAUCGCAUGUUUACCACAAACACAUGUCUGAAGCAUAUGAUCAGUAAGGUUCGCAGAGAUGCACACCACUUUGAGCGCUACCAGCACAACCGUGACCUGGUGGCUUUUCUCAACAUGUUUGCGAAUAAACAGCUAGAGCUGCCCAGAGGCUGGGAGAUGAAGCAUGACCACAGUGGCAAGCCUUUCUUUGUGGAUCAUAACUGCCGUGCUACCACCUUCAUUGACCCUCGGCUACCUGUUCAGAACUCUCGUCCAAGCCUUCUAUCUCACCGCCAACAUCUGACUCGACAACGUAGUCACAGUGCUGGAGAGGUCAGUCCAAGGCAACUGGUGGGUGAAGAAACGCAUCACCCUGGUCCUCCAGUAUUGCCACGACCUUCAAGUACCUUCACCUCAGCCAGCAGGGGGCAGUGCCAAGAGGUUGUCCCUGUGGCUUAUAAUGACAAGAUUGUGGCUUUUCUUCGACAACCAAACAUCUUUGAGAUUUUGCAGGAGAGGCAGCCGGACUUCAGCCGAAACCAUAUACUCAGGGAGAAGGUCCAGCUGAUCCGCACAGAUGGCGUGUCAGGACUGGCCCGACUGUCAGGAGAUGCGGACCUUGUCAUGCUGCUGAGUCUGUUUGAAGAUGAAGUGAUGUCCUAUGUCCCUCCUCAUGCCUUACUUCUCCCCAGCUACUGCCAGUCACCUCGGGGAUCCCCUGUUUCCUCCCCACAGAACUCACCAGGAACUCAGCGAGCCAAUGCUAGAGCCCCAGCUCCUUAUAAGAGAGACUUUGAGGCAAAACUUCGCAACUUCUACAGAAAACUGGAAACUAAAGGCUAUGGACAAGGCCCUGGAAAGCUAAAAGUGACUAUCCGUCGGGACCAUCUCUUAGAAGAUGCUUUCAACCAGAUCAUGUGCUAUUCCCGGAAGGAUCUGCAGCGCAGCAAGUUUUACGUCAGUUUUGUUGGGGAGGAGGGCUUGGACUACAGCGGGCCUUCUAGGGAGUUCUUCUUCCUGGUUUCCAGGGAAUUGUUCAACCCAUAUUAUGGUCUGUUUGAAUAUUCAGCCAAUGACACCUACACCGUGCAGAUCAGCCCCAUGUCGGCCUUUGUAGACAAUCAUCAUGAAUGGUUCCGUUUCAGUGGCCGCAUUCUGGGUCUGGCUCUGAUUCAUCAGUAUCUGCUGGAUGCCUUCUUCACCAGACCCUUCUAUAAAGGCCUUCUGCGCAUUCCCUGCGAUCUGAGUGACCUUGAAUAUCUGGAUGAGGAGUUCCAUCAGUCUCUCCAGUGGAUGAAAGACAAUGAUAUAGAAGACAUGCUUGACCUCACCUUUACUGUCAAUGAGGAAGUGUUUGGACAGAUCACGGAACGGGAGCUGAAACCUGGUGGAGGGAACAUCCCUGUCUCAGAGAAGAACAAGAAAGAGUACAUCGACCGGAUGGUGAAGUGGAGGAUAGAGCGAGGAGUCGUCCAGCAGACUGAAAGCCUGGUCAGAGGUUUUUAUGAGGUGGUGGAUGCCAGGUUGGUUUCUGUGUUUGAUGCCAGGGAGCUGGAGCUGGUCAUUGCUGGCACUGCUGAGAUUGACUUAUCAGACUGGAGGAGCAAUACUGAAUACAGAGGAGGUUACCAUGACAACCACAUUGUGAUCCGGUGGUUCUGGGCUGCAGUGGAGCGGUUCAACAAUGAGCAGAGAUUAAGACUCUUGCAGUUUGUGACGGGAACAUCAAGCAUUCCAUACGAGGGCUUCGCUUCACUGCGUGGCAGCAAUGGACCGCGCAGGUUCUGUGUGGAAAAGUGGGGAAAGAUUACCUCGCUGCCCAGAGCUCACACAUGUUUCAAUCGAUUGGACCUGCCACCAUACCAGUCCUUCUCCAUGUUGUAUGAGAAGCUGCUGACUGCUGUGGAAGAGACCAGCACCUUUGGGCUAGAAUGAGAUGCUGUCUUUGUCCACUGGCCCAGUUUUCUACAGCACUUUUGAGCCUGCUGUUGGUAAAGAGAGGACGCCAUAAUAGAAGAAAAGACAUCGCCCUUUCAUCAGCCUUCAGUGUACCCAAAACUGCUUUUUACUGAAAGGGUCACUUAAAAGCCUUGAUUGAUGAAAACCUAAUUACCCAGUUUUAAAGCAUUUUAAAAAGCACCAUCUGCUAAUGUUCAAUGAUUGGUUGGUAGGUAACAUCAAGUCCAAGAAAAAAACAGAUAGACCGAUGAGAAUAGACUGUGUCACUUCUAAGCCUGAAAAUCACUUUGCCUCAGAUAUUUUAAAUCAAGACUGACCUUUUCAAAUGACUCCACUGAAAAGUUAAAUGCUUUAUGUUGCACUCCUCUAUUUUGCACUCUUACACUUGUAAGACUAGACAAAUGAAGCCCUACACUGCCUUCAGGACUGACAUCAGCGCUGCCUAGCCCUGACCAUUUAGACACCUGUUUUUACACAUUACAGAAGGGAAGUCAGUUGUUUGUUUUUUUUUUCAAAUGCUAAGCUAAUCGAGUUUUUUUUUAUAUUUUUUUUUAGUUUCAAUGAGUUACCAAAAUACAAGCUCCAAAAAGCCCAGCAAAACCAGAACCAAGAAUAGCAAUUAUUUUGAGCUGCAAAAUUUAGAAACUGCAUGUGUUGGUUUUUGAAAGCAUUUAGUUCUUUAUGCUGCAUCUCAAACAUUUGUGGGAAUUUGUAAUUGAAUCUAAAAGUUAACAGUUGAUUUUGGAUUGUAGUUAAGAGAUUUUAUAUUAAAUUUUAAUAUUUUCCAUGAUAGUAGAGGAUUUUCUUUCUCGGAGGGAUCUGAAUGUAGCCUUCAAAAUAGUUAAUCACUGUGUGUUAAUUGGUUGAAGUCAACAUUAGACGGAAUUUGAAUUUCCUCAUGUCAUGAUGUAAAACCUCCUUUCAAUUUGAUUUAAAACUGUCUUCAUACAUCCCUCAGUGUGUAAUACACUCUCACUAUAACUAAAUAAUUGGAUCCUCAUCAAAGCCUAUGCAUUUCUGCCAUUGGAAGAAAUGAGUGCAUUAUGAAAUCUUUAACAGGAAAACAAGCUACAGUUAGAGACAGACAUCAAAAGCAUUAACUGAUACAUAAGCUAAUCUGAUACAUUGAUAGUUCAUUGCAUCAGUUAAUCACUGGUUCAUGGUUGCCUAUAUUUUCAACCAUGUAAUUUGUUCAGAGCUACAGACAACAGCUGCUCUACAAAUCUCCGGAUUAUAAGCUAUUUUCCAAAUGUCAUAGUUACUCAUAAAUGUGGAAUAAUUUUGUUUUCGACAGGUUAGAUUUUCACUAUGACCAAAAGUAGUAAUAACAUUUUAGUGUUUUAGAAAAUAUUGUUUUAUUUCAUCCUGUCACAGCCAUGUUGUAGGAAGAUAUUUUCAUUUCCUUUGCGCAAAAGUGCAUUUGAAGCUCAUCAUUCAAUCUGUGGAGAAAAUCAUCCACACACAGAAACCUUUAAAGUUGGAUAUAUCAUUUUGAACCCUUCUUUUUACGUCUAAAUCUUUCUCGUAUAAAGUACAACUCCAAUGCUUGGUCAGAAUUCCUCAUUAGUGGAGCCGCACAGACCCUGUUCUGAAGCAUCUUUAGAGCAACUUGUUUUGCUGGGUUUUUAAAAUAUCCCUUCCAGGCUGUUCUGUGUUCCACUCCACCCCAUUCUGCCCUUUUUGUAGUUUGAUACCAGCAAUACAGUUAUCUACCAACAGAGUAACCUUCUAUUCCCAAGUUUAUUGAAGUUGUUAACAACAAACGAUUUGUCCAUCCAGUCUUGCAUGCUGGAGCCCGAGUCUGACCCGGAGCAGGAUAAUGUGAAGACAAACUACCAGAGCCUUUCCGACAGAUGAAUACAUUGCAAUGGUUUUCUUCUCUAUUUAUACCCUCUCAAUCCAUACCAACUACCUACAAUAUGGAGCACAGUUUAACCAUAGUGUCCCUGCGUUUCAUAUAUACCUAUUAAAAUUUGAAUGCAAUAGAAAUUUCGUUGAAUCCUGUUCAAUGACAAUAAAUGCUAUUCUAUUCUAUUCUACCACAAUAUGGAUGAAGUAAACAAAUGCUCGACAUGAUUAAUGAGUUAGCUAACAGGAUCAUGUGUUCCCCAAGACAAAAAUGGCCAAAACAAAGCCAAAUUUCAAACAUGCAGCACAGUUAUAUCCUGAAGAAGACAGCUAAAUUGUAGCACACAGUGCUAAGAGAACCAGAAGGCACAAUGACUAAUCAAACCAAUGACCAAGUCAUCAUUAUCAACACACAAAAUCCAUGUCUUACAUAAGCUUUGUUGUCAUUUUUGCAUUAUUUGGAGCGUACCGCUUUGCUGUGUCCCUUGUUUCUAUAGAUAGAAGGAGCUGACCUUCAGUCAGACAAAGUCUUUCAGAAAAUCUCUUCAUACUGGUGGUGGUUGCUGAAGCACUCGGCCCUCAGUGCUCUGUGCAAACAAACUUUCCCCACUAAUCCUCUGAUGCAGUUUCCUUUUUCUGAAUUUAAUUUUACACAUUCAUGAGGCUUGGAUGCUGGAGGGCAAUCAAGUUUAUGAGUUGAUUGCUAGAACUGAACAUUUUCACUUUUCUACUUGCAACUUCAGCAAACUGAUCAAUGAGAAAUCAUAACAUUGUUUCCACAUUCGCAGUUCCACGGCAAAUGCAGUGAUUAUAAACAAGAAAACGUCAUAGGCAAGAAAGAAAAAUAUAAAGAAUUAUUUUUGGGGAGUAUAAAGAUACCUAUGCAGCACUGGGAGAUAAUAAAUUCACAUUUUUUGUACCCAAAGUAAGUAAAAAAAAUUAUUUAGGGUUUAAAAAAAUGGGAUUUUGCACCAUAUGUCCCCUUUAAGUCAUCAAUCCAGGCCUCCGUAAAAUAUGAUCAAAAAUGUAUUGAUUUUACAGAUAACAUGUUAAUUACUAAAGGGGAAGAAAUAGGGGAUGGUCUUCUCUCUGAAUGGAAAGAUCAUCCCUAACCCUUCCCCUAAAGAUCAUCAUCACUCAGGGUAGUCUGAGUGAUGUUCUGCAACUGAAUGAAGCAAAGAUGGAAAUAAAACAUCCCAUAGCACUUCACCGUGGAGUCCUAUGGGACAGAGCCUGAGGAUCCAGCAGUCAUUGAUUUCACGAUGGUCCCAUCCAAAGUUUAUGCUUGGUCCACUGUAAGAUGGGAAGCCAUUGCAAAGAGGCCAGUACGGGCCUUAAAUGGUCAUGCUUCCUAGCUCCUGUAAAAACCUGUGCUGCUGCGUUCUGGACCAUUUUUUGUUGGUGCAUCUGUCAUUAAUCAAUGCCACUAGAAAAUUAAUUGAAAUAAUCCAAACUAGUUUUAAUGAAGGUAUGGGUAAGUCCUUCAAAAUCCUUAAACAAAAAUCUGAUUUAACUUUUGCUAAAAUCUGCAGGUGAUUAAAAACUUGAUUUAACAACAGAGCUAACUAGCUUUAAAUGGCUAUCAAAAAUAAAACCAAGAUUCCUAGCAGAGCUCUGACAAAACUGAGCUAAAGAACCAAGAAUCUGUGAAAACGUUUACCAAAUAAUAUACCUUGAGUUUUACUUUGAUUGAGGUGAAGAAAGUUUUUUUCCAUCCAAGAUUUGACUUCAGCUAAACAAUCUAUCAAUAGCUGAAGAGAUUUUUAAGAAUUUUAUAGUUCAAGGGGCAUAUAAAUCUGGACGAUCUGUAAAGCAAUGAAAGGAAACGUUAAAUUGAUGGAAAGUCUGACCAAGAGGCAAUAAAUAUAAAAUAGACAAAAAAUUGAGUCUUGGGGAGCACUGUACUUUACUACUCUGUUACUUUCUGACAUUGUAUUCAUGUGAGGAUGUGUACUAUAAGCAUUUUUCUUAAAUCGGAAGCCAUUAAAACUGAAUUACUUUCAUUCAUUGUCUAACAGUGACAAAUCUAAAAGCAGGGUUUGGUGCGGCACCAAGAGGUUGUGAUAAAACACUGUUGAUUGGGGAUCCCCAGGUGAAAUCUAAGUUCUUUACGUCCAAGUAAAAUAGAGUUUAUUUUCCCACUUUUUUCUCCAAGAUACCUUCUUCUGAGAUGGAUCAGAAGAAGUUUCAUCUCCUUCUGCAGAUAGAUGUACGGUAGUUAUUCUACCAGUCCAGGAAGUUUAGUAAGGACUUAUUUAUUUGUUCAAUACACUUUCUGUGAAAUGUCUAUAAGUAAUUAAAUCAGCUGUGGAUCAAUGUCAAUACUACACAUUCACACUACCCAAUGUGAAUACAUUCAGCCACAAUGUAAUUUAUUUGUACCAUGUAAUUGUAAUUGAUUUGUACCAUGUAAAAUGUAGAAUGUGUCACUUAAUUCCAAGUGGCCUAAUGUUACUGUCACAAACUGGAGAUGAGGGAGUUGAAGCUUGGGGUGCAAAAGUGUUGCUUUCUUCAACAGGUUCAACAUUGCUGGAGUAGAGUUGAUGAGUUGAUGAAUGAAGCUAAACCUGUUUGAGGUUACAGAAGACUUGAGCCUGAGUUGGAGGAGUGUAGUUCAAGACUCCUGGUUAGAAUCACAUUGUGAAAGUGCAGUCAAAUAUCAAAUGGGUAAAAACUUCAUGAGCAAAGCUACAAGGGGCAUAUCAUGAAAGACAUUCAGCUGUAGUUCCUACAAAAGGUUAUUCUACAAAACAGUGGGUAAAAAGCAUUUGAACACCUUUCUUCUUGCUCCUUACCAUUUUUGCACUCUCACUUUUCUUUGUGCUUGUAUUGGAGAAUGUAUCUAGCUAGACCUUGUGUUUGUAAACACCAAUUACUCAGUUCUGAUGUUCCUCAGACUUGUAUUGUAGUCAGAUCAUCUUUAUAAAUUCAAGAACAGUUUAUGGAACAUCUUCCAAGAUUAGAUUUACAUGAUGUUUUCUUCAUUACAUUUUGCACUAAAAAAGAAAGCAUGCCUUUGUACACUGCUGCAGAAUUCACUAGUACCACACAAGUCUGAAAUGCACAGCACAGUACUUCCUGGACCUGGAAGUACUGACUAGUAUUUCCAGGAAUGGUUCUUGACUAAUAUGCCACUCUACAUUAGCAUAUUGCUGAUGUUAUUUAGUAAGAGACAAAUUUGCUAAAUAUUUCCAAAAUUAUCUUUGUAUUUUCUGUUUCAAAAUUAACUCGGGGCCUGAAUGUUGAAUAGAUCCAAACUUGCUGGCACACACCUGAUCUACAGGUACAACUAAGAUUGUGUCAGCAAAAUAAUAAUUUAACAUACAUGCCUUCAUGAGUAUGCAGAACAUAUUUAGAGAAUCAGAAUGUGCAAAAGAUUGGGCAGAGGUUUUGAAAAUCUAAUGAUUUACCACCAACAAAGCGAUUUAUUGAAACAAAAUCAGAUUGGAGGUCUGUUGUGGCUUCUAUGUUGUUUGAAAGGGAGGAGCAACUGACAUAGGAUUAGAGCUCUCACAUUGAGCACUGACAUCGAAUCUUCACCUAAGCCUCCACUCUGAUGUUGUAAAAACUGGCGUAAAUUGGUGAGAUCUUUCCAGUGUAACACAGAAAACGAAUCAUAAAACUUGAGGAACUUAAGUAAUCUUGUAUUUUCAUUUAUCUUCCUAGAUCACUUAUCCUAUGCAUUCAACAGCUUUCAAUAAAAUACUUAAAUUGAUAUAUUUAGUGUGAAAUAUAGACAAAUGUCAUCCAGAAAUGCUCAUUUGGAGCUGCAGGAAUACCUCAUCCUGCAUCAAUUCCACUAUGUGCAAACUGUCAAACAGAAUUGAUUGAGUUGGCUUAAGUCAAUGAAUGCAGAUAUGUAUAGCUUUAAUUAUGAUUGAUUUUAAAAGUUUCCACUGUUGUGCUGUUACUUAUUUGAAUGAAGUGCAUUAUUAUUAAUUUUAUUAAUAUGCCAGUUGUUAUUCUUAUAACUCCAUGGUUUUUAACGUCAUAUUACUUGUAUGGCCACUCUGCUCUCCAACACUCUCCAUGAUGCCACUCUGUAUUAGCAUAUGCAGAAUCUUCAUUUAAAUAGGAUAGUCUACACCACUUUUGCACCUAUAAUUAUUUGUGCACACAAUCUUUGUAGAUCACCUGCAACAUAUGCAUAUACAAUUUCCGUUGCAAAAGCAAGUUAAUGCUCUCUAUUUGGGAUGUUUUAUGUUCAGGCCCAAAGUUUCUUGUUUCUAUCCUUGAUGCAGAUGGACCUCCAUGCAACUACAGACAGUAGGUGCUGCCUCUGUUUUAGUUGGUUGAGAAGCAAGAUUUCAGCCAAGCAGAUAAUAAAUAUUUGUAUCUUUAAAUAAGUCAUUAUUUUAGUGUUGUUUUUGUUUACACUUUGAAAGAAUAUAAGUCAGUCAUUGAAAACCAGUGGGGGCAUUUUUUAACUCUAAAUGCCAGUUUUCAUCAAUUAUCACAUUAAGACAAAUGUCCCUUACUGAAUAUACAAUCUGUCUGAUUAACCAGAAUGUACCAAAGUUUGUAACUUAUGCUGGCUCUUUUGACUUUCUGUAUAUUGCAUAAUAGUUUAUAUAAAAAUUUUGGUCAGCCUCUCUGUCUUACAAUAAAUUCAUCUCUGUAUGCA